AAAAGUCACAUCCAAUGUUCCAAGUCAUUUUCUUUCUCAUAGGGCUGAGCUGAGUCCAAGAUUGGCUAUGGAAAACCAGACCCAAGAGGAAGUCCCAGAGAACCUAAACAAACAACUUGCUCUUGCUGUUAGAAGCAUUCAAUGGAGCUAUGCAAUUUUUUGGUCCAUUUCAUCUAAACAACCUGGGGUAUUGAAAUGGGGUGAUGGGUACUAUAAUGGAGACAUUAAAACAAGAAAAACUGUUCAGGCUGAAGAACUGAAUGCGGAUCAGCUCGGGCUGCAGAGGAGUGAGCAGCUGAGAGAACUUUACUCGUCCCUAUCUGCAGGGGAAACAAAUCCACAAGCUAAAAGGCCAACGGCCGCAUUAUCACCUGAAGAUCUCACUGAUGCUGAGUGGUAUUACUUGGUUUGUAUGUCGUUCGUAUAUAAUGUUGGCCAAGGGUUGCCGGGGAGGACAUUAGCAAAAAAUCGGACUGUCUGGCUAUGCAAUGCUCACCGAGCAGACACCAAAGUUUUCUCUCGUUCUUUGCUUGCUAAGAGUGCAUCAAUCCAGACAGUAGUAUGCUUUCCACAUUUAGGAGGGGUAGUGGAGCUGGGAGCAACUGAGCUAGUUUUAGAGGACAAGAAACUCAUUCAAAACUUAAAAACUUCUUUCCUCGAGUUUCCUUACCCCAUUGUUUCCAAGAUUCCUGACAAUGCCAGAAACAAUAAUGGCCUCAUCUAUCAUCAAAUCAAUAUGCCAGAAACUAGUUUUAAUCAGCAUGUGGAAUAUCCUGAAGUAAAUAAUUGUUCUCCCGACAAUGGUUCGAAUGAUUUUGGGGCCAAGCAACUAAAUGAGGAAUUAAAUAUGGUAGAAGACAUUGAUGGGGAAGCUGGUCAAAUGCAAAGCUGGCAAUUUAUGGAUGAUGAAAUUAGCAAUUGUGUCAACAAUUCUACGAAUUCCAGUGACUGUAUAUCUCAAACCUGUGAUAAUCCUGAAGAUAUUGUCCCAGUUUCAAACGGAAAGAAGGUAACUCAUAAUGAAAUGCAUGAGGCUCAAGAAACCAAUCAACAGAAACUGAACUCUUCUGAAUCCAGAGGCGAAGAUAUUCAUUAUCAAAGUGUUCUUUCCAAUCUUUUGAAGAGUUCUCAACAGUUGAUUCUUGGACCCUACUUCAGCAAUAGUAACAAAGAGUCGAGCUUUAUUAGUUGGAGGAAGGACAGAUUAUCAAGCUCUCAGAUUCCUCAAACUGGUACUCCACAACGAUUACUAAAAAAAGUGCUUAUCGAAGUUGCCAGAAUGCAUGAAAAUUGUCGGCUUGAAUCUGGUAAAUGUGAUGGCAAAAGAGACAGCCUUUCUAAACCAGAAAUAGAAGAAAUUGAUAGAAAUCAUGUCUUGUCCGAGAGAAAGCGCAGAGAAAAAAUAAAUGAGCGAUUUUUGAUUCUUGGGUCCUUAGUCCCAUCUGGUGGCAAGGUCGAUAAAAUAUCAGUACUUGAUCGCACUAUAGAGCGCCUAAGGGAGCUCGAGAAAAGGGUUGAAGAGCUGGAAUCUCACAGGGAUGUAGACAUGCUAGAGUCGAGGACAAGAAGUAAGCCUUACGAUGCCAUUGAGAGAACUUCUGAUAAUUAUGGCACUAAUAAGAAUGGAAUCAGCAAGAAGUCUUUGACAAACAAGAGGAAGGCUUGUGAUAUGGAAGAACCGAGAUCUAACAGUGGCUGCAGUCUGUCAAGAGAUUCUUCAACUGAUAAUAUAACCGUUAAUGUUGUCGACAAGGAUGUGCUAAUAGAGAUGAGGUGCCUGUGGAGAGAGAACGUGUUGCUUGAAGUCAUGGAAGCCAUAAGCAAACUACAUUUGGAUUUUCAAUCCGUUCGAUCUUCCAACACUGAUGGGAUACUCUCUUUGACUAUAAAAUCUCAGGUUUGUUCUCUACAUCUAGAAAAUUAUCCAUUCGGCGAUGUUGAAGAUCCUUGA